UGAAGGACAUGAGAGCAGACUGUCAGUGUGAAUGAGAGCUCUCACUGUUCCUUCUCCUAAUGUAUGCAGGAGAACUGUACGAGGAGCAGCUGUAUUAAUAUUUGCUCUCACGUCCUCCCUGAAGCUUUCCCUUCAGUGACAUCUUGUCAUGGGGGUAGGAGUGUCCUAAGCUGAACAACCGGUAGUAUGACUAUGGCCACAUCAUCAGCUCGCUCCUGUAAACAUGGAUUCAGCUUUUUGUCCUCCUUGUGUGUAGCAGCUGUUUCGACAUGAACGUGGUCAGUGACUUCGCGCUCAGAGGAAAUUUGACGGAGAAAAGCCCAAGCAGCAGGCUACACUGUGCUCGCUCUGUCACCGGGAGACUCCUGACGAACCACCCGGAGAGGAAACUUGUUAGGACGGAACCAGGAAAUGACCUCUGGCUCAUCCAGUGACGUCACAGAUUCCGCAUUCAUUCAUAGUAGAGCUGCACGAGAGGGGCGCGCGCAAUAUCUUUAAGGAUUUCCUCUAUUUUUUAACGGCCUCUGUGUUGGACCACAACCCGCCGCUGAUUCGUGCAACACUGCCACAGUGAACCGGAUCACCCACAUGUCGGGGGAAGCGAACUCUCCGGAGGGGAAUGGAAAAGUUAGUCGGGUCAUCCGGAUUGGAACCCGCAAGAGCCAGUUGGCUCGUAUCCAGACCGACAGCGUCGCGGCCAAGUUGAAAGAACUGUACCCGGACGUCCACUCGGAAAUAGUUGGCAUGACGACGACCGGAGACAAAAUCCUCGACACAGCUUUAUCGAAGAUCGGAGAGAAGAGUUUGUUCACCAAAGAGUUGGAGAAUGCUCUGGAGAGGAAUGAGGUCGACCUGGUAGUUCACUCACUGAAAGAUCUUCCCACCACUCUGCCUCCAGGAUUCACCAUCGGGGCUGUGCUCAAGAGAGAGAGCCCCCAUGAUGCAGUGGUCCUUCACCCGAAACACAGGGGCCAAACUCUCGACACUCUGCCAGAAAACAGUGUGAUCGGCACUAGUUCACUGCGCCGGGCUGCUCAGCUGAAGAAGAGAUUCCCUCACCUGGAUUUCAAAGACAUUCGUGGAAACCUGAACACGCGUCUAAAGAAGCUGGACGAGAAAGACGACUUUGCUGCCAUCAUCCUGGCUGCUGCCGGACUCAAGAGAAUGGGCUGGGAGAACCGGAUCAGCCAGAUCCUGGAGCCUGAAGACUGCAUGUAUGCUGUUGGACAGGGGGCUCUGGCAGUGGAGGUUCGGGCACGAGAUGCAGACAUCCUGGAGAUGGUGUCUGUCCUCCAUCACCCUGACACUGUGCUGCGCUGCAUAGCCGAGAGAGCCUUCCUCAGACAGCUGGAGGGGGGCUGCAGUGUUCCAGUAGCUGUUCACACCGAGGUGAAGGACUCCCAGCUCUACCUGACGGGGGCGGUGUACAGCCUAGAUGGAUCAGACAGUCUGAAGGAAACCAUGCAGACGAGCAUCGCUACUGCUGCCGCCGACAAGAUCCUAGAGGAGGUGGACGAGCGGGUUCAGCGAGUGGGUGUCACAGCCAGCAAGAUCUCGGGUGAAGCCCAGGACGGUGCUGAGCGGCUGGGGGUCGACCUGGCCAAGUUACUGUUGAGCAAAGGAGCCAAGGAGAUCCUGACGGUGGCCAGGCAGCUUAAUGACGCCAGAUAAUCCAGCUCCGGUGGUGGGGGUGGAUGGGCUCUGGAGGUGACCAGGUCCUCGAGUGUCGCAGUCAGUCACAGCCUUGUGUCGAGUAAAAACUUGAAUUCCUUUUUUAUGUACCAUAGUUUCAUGUUCAGCUCAGCUCAAACACAUAACUCGUCAAGGAUUUCAAACAUACAUAGACCAAAGUUGUGUGUUACAACGCUGCUAAACUGUUCAGGGUCACUGCAGUCUGUGACACUCUUGGUCUUGUUCUUACACACAAUACCUCCUGGAUCCAUCUCCUGAGCCUGACUGGGAUUGAGAAACACAAAAUGACCUUUCAACAUUGUCACAGCACAUUGUACCAUCGCCAUGGUUUAACCCUUUUUUUGUUGUUUUUAAAGCACAUCAACGUCAAUAUCAGCCUCAGUAUGUUUAAUAAAAUGCCACACAGACUUAUUCAUGCAUUCACAAAUAUUUUCCCCAUAACCAAAGAUGUUUCAUCGUUGUGCAUCGAGUUAACCUGAAGUUCCUCUCUUAGAUCGUAGCUGCGUUUUCGUUUGGAAGAUCUGACUUUUGAUGGUACCAAAGAGUUUCUGAGUUUCUGGGACAUUGCAGUGAAAUGAGACUGAAGAGUCAACACCGACUUUGUUUCUCCUUCAUGUUCCCAAAUACUCGAUCGUUCUUGAUGUUUUAUCACGCCGGCCUUCUGAGAAAUAAAAGUACCUUCAUUCAGCUCAUGUUGGGCGCACUUUCUUCAGACUUACGAGUGUGGAGCUAGCUACCUCCUUCACAGAGAGUGUGUUUAAUAUACACGAUGAUAAUCUGGAGCUAGUGAUGCUACAUUUGUACAGCUUUGUACUGAACCAUCAACAUGACAAUCCCUGAAUCUGUUUCCAGUUUCCUGCUCUGGUUUUAAAUUUACAGCAUCAGUUCAUCCUGUUGAAGCUUCUCUGAUGUUCUCUCACUACAGCGCCACGUUAAUGAACUGGUAUAAUCCACUGUUUAAAGAGUAAAAGUCACAGCAGCGAACCAACUGAACUGAAUUACUGUUGUGUUAGAGAUGUGAAGUAGCCAAAUAGACUUUAUUUAACUGAAAAUAUCACUCAUUUAUUAUUUCUUCGUUACCAGUUUUACAGCUACACUCAUUACACUGGCUCCAAACUUGAUCAGUGCUCAUUGUGGGCAUGCAGAUGUGUGUUGUGAUGAAGUUCUAUUGAAGUACCACUACAUUAAGCACAGAUGAACUGUAGCUCUGAAUUAUGACUUCUGUAUCUCAUAAUUAUAAACACAGUGUUCUACAACAAAACAUCUUGUCGUCAAGGAUAGUGUAUUUACCGAUUACCAUUACCGUUAUGACUUCUGUAUAUUGUCAUGUUUACAUUUUUAUUGUAAUCACAACAUCUGUAAUUCAUAAUUAUGAAAUCUGGAUUUCAUAGUUUGCUUUUUUUUAGUUAUGGACUAGUUUGUUUGACUAGACAUAGAGGUUAUGAUGAGGGAAGUCAUAAUUCAGAGAUACAGGAGGCAUAAUUGCAAGACUACAUACUUUGGUAAAUGCAGGGCACAUCUGUAUAGGUCAUCCAUACUAUCUAUUUAAAAUUUUACUUUGCAACUUAUUUGUAAAUGUUAAAAUAAUAAAAAAUACUUGUAUUUGCUGUAAUGAUGGUAAAUGCUGUACUUCACAUAUCAAAAUGGAGGCGUUCAAAAGCAAUGGUUCUUAAUGACUCGCCUCAUCAAAUCAACAUGUCUGUCUUUCUAUAGCUUCUAUCAGUCAUCUCAUUAAAUGUAACUGCCUUACAUAUUCACAUAAUCAUCAGUGCCUGUUCUUUUUCCUUUGAUGAUUCACAGUUGAUCCUUGUUCUGUAUCAGUAUGCCCACUGUACAGUUAGUGUGACGCCAUAUUAAAAUUUUCUUUUAUUGUAUAUUAUACUUAAUUUAAACCUCCUGAGAGCAUGUGAGGUAACAUUAGCCAUAUUUGUUUGCAGCUUUAAUUUCUGUACAUGUAACGUAGACUGUUUGUAUGUAGAUUCUUUUCACAUUUCUCACUGUUUCAAUCUUCUGUUAAUGACAAAAUAUUGACAGGGUGUCCUUGAGUGUCUUUGCUUUGACACUCAUGUGAACAUGUCACAUUAAACCACUGAUGUCAAGAAUAAAUGUCAAUAAAGCGUUAGACCUGUUCA